AUGUCCUUGAACCUCGAAAAGCAACUCACCUUCUAUGGUGCAUACCACCAUAACAAUGUGAAUGUGGCAAUUCACAUGGUCUGCGUGCCGCUGAUUUUGUUUACAUUUUUCGAGCUCCUUUCCAACUACGGCCCCUUCUUCACACUGCCGUCGUGGUUGCAAAUACCCUAUCUUGAGCCGCAUCUGGGGACCUUUGCAGCCAUGACAUGGGGAGGCCUUUACCUGCUCCUUGAACCCGUCGCAGGAGGCGUUCUGGCCGCCAUCUGCCUCGGCGCGGCAGCCGGAACCAACUAUCUCCGGCUGCAGGAUACCGCCAAUGCCAACAAGACCUCGCUUGCCGUGUUUGUCGUCUCCUGGAUCGCGCAGUUCAUCGGCCACGGCAAGUUCGAGGGCAGGGCCCCGGCGCUGCUUGACAACCUCUUCCAGGCCAUCUUCCUGGCCCCUCUGUUCGUCUGGCUUGAGCUUCUCUUCAUGCUAGGCUACCGUCCGGAGCUCAAGAAGCGCGUCGACAAGGCCGUCGAGAUGGAGAUCGCCAAGUUCCGCGAGCGGAGAGCGAAGAAGGCCGAG